AUGAUUUCUGCUGCCAUUGUUUUUCUCAUUACCUUCGCCGGUGUUUAUUCACAAACGACUCUUACUCUUCCACCGUUACCAUACGCAUACAAUGCACUUGAACCUGUUCUUUCCGAGAAAUUGAUGCAUUUGCAUCAUGACAAGCAUUUUUUUGCUUAUACCAACAAGACCAACAUGGUGCUUAGACUUCUGUGCAAUGAAACCAAAGACGGCGAUAAAUUAAAGGAAAUCGGAAAUCUUCCAAUCGAAAUCAUUCUUACACGAUUAGGUGAAUUACCUGAAACUUAUGCUCUUUCGUUACGACACAAUGGUGGUGGUUAUAUCAAUCACAAGUUAUUUUUUUCGCUAUUGAAAGCACCAACUGCCACAGCUGCAGAAAACAAACCAACCGGAGUGUUUCUUGAAGCUUUAGAAAAAAGUUUCGGUUCCUUCGAUAAAUUCCGUGAAUUGUUCUCGGCUGCAUCAGUCAACCUCUUCGGCUCCGGUUGGGUCUGGCUCUACAUUGAUGCACGUACGAAGACGCUCGUCUUGAACUUUACCGCCAACCAAGAUAAUCCAAUCAUGUUCGACAAGAACCAUUUCGUCAUCAUGGGAAUUGAUCUCUGGGAACAUGCUUAUUAUCCAGUUUACGAAAAUCGUCGGGCUGAAUACGUCGAAAACUUCUGGCGUCUUGUCAACUGGCCUGUAGUUAGUCAACGUUACAUCGAAAGUCAAACGAAACGCAGCGAUUUAUAG